GAUCAAAUGAGCUUUAGCAAUCCUUUAGCUUGCGACACAGGUUUACACAACAACAUCACCACACACGAGUAGGACGCAGAAGUGAUAGAACCAGUUCUGGUGACACAUGUGUGUUUUUUGUGGUGGUUGGAAGCGUCACUUUUACGGAGAACUUAUUUUCUUUUUAUAGAUAUGUAAUAUAUUAUAUUUCGCAUGAGCUUAACUUUGGAUACUUUUCAUUGUUUGUUCUGACCAGCAACGACGCGAGACAUGCAGCUUUAACCCGAACUACAGACGUCACAUGCUCAGACCUCCAGACACGGGAAUGGCUGGGAAGCCGUUCCGAGCCACGUACAUCUGGACUAACAUCAUCAACAACCUUCAGACGCAGGUGGAGGUGAAGAGGAGACGCCACAAUCUGAAAAUCUACCAUGACUGCUUUCUGGGGUCCGAGGCCGUGGACGUGGUUCUGGCUCACAUCAUUCAGAGCAAAGUCUGCGGGGACGCCGAAGUGCCCCGUUCCAAAGCGGUUCGCCUCUGCCAGGCCCUCAUGGAGGCCAGGGUCUUUGAAGCGGUGGACACUAAAGUGUUCGGGAAAGAAAAGAGGCAAGCGAAGUUUGAGGACAGCAGCUGUAGUCUGUACAGGUUUCUAAACAGGCCGACUCCCAGCACGUCAAGCUCAGAGACCUUUGAGAGUGGCUACAACUCUCUCAGCAUACAGAGGAACACGUACAGCCCACCCUACGAAAGGAAAGAGGAUUCUGAGUAUUCAAACAACUCUCCUGUCAAAACGGAUAAAUCUCUGGAGGAUGUUUUAGGAAAUCUGAACAUGAACGCAACCAGCACACCACAGAAGAUGAAUCUGGGCUUAUCACAGGAGUUGAUGGAUGAGAUAUGGCGGCAGCAGACGGUACUAAGGCUCCUGCAGUUGAUUGAGCUGCCUCUUCUGGAGAGCCUGUUGGAGGGUCAGGAGAGCCCUCGUCCACCCCUCCACAGCAUGGACAGCGACCCAGACCUGCUCUACACCAGCAGCUACCUGGACCGCGAGAUCCUCAAGGCCUUCAGCGAGGCUCAAGCAGAUAGCUGGUUGUCAGCAGCUGUGGACUGUCUGGAGUUUCUCCCGGAUCAGUUGGUGGUGGAUGUGAGCCGAGGGCUGGCCAAGUGUGCCGAGGAGACGUCCCAGUACAAGCAGCUCCUCUACGGUGUCCUUGUCCAGCACUACGGCCAGUCUGAAUACCCGCCACUGCUCAGCAACCACGUCUUUGACAUCCACUCCGGAGUCUCCGAGCUGCUUGUGAACGGGAAGCAGGAGCAGGCGCUGGAGUCUCUUCAGCUGUGUCUGAAACUGCAGGAUUCACGCAGUAGAGAGGAGCUCCGCCGGUUACUGCGCUUCAUGGCCCUCGCCGCCGGCCCUCGGGAGAUCAAACUACACAAAGAGAUAGAGAACAGAAUGGCAGUAAAGAGAGCGUUCUCCAAUGCCAUUGUGUAUGGAACUAAAUUAGCCAAAGGGAAGGUUGAUCUUCUGGUUCUUUUCAUGAUGGACAACCACCACGACCUCUUCAAGAUUCCCGUCACAUUGCACAACCUUGUAAGUGAUAAAUUUGCCAGUAUCAUCAAAGGAACAGAUCCUGAUCUCAUUACAGGAACAACGUACUGUCGCCGUCUCACUGGAAAAGAUUACAUGGAAACGGUUCAGAAAACUACCAGAGAGGAGCUUUGGACAUUACUAAAAACAAUUCACGAGAACACCAAACUUUCUUUGAAGGAGAAGCGCCGUCUGCUCGGACAGUUCUACAGAGGCCAUCCUGAAAUAUUCGUGCAAUAUUUUGGCAACAGAAUAUCAAAUGCUUAUAUUUAAUAGG